CUCCGAGAUCCUGGAGAUCAGGUGAGUAGAAAUAAGCGACCAAUAACGUAAACAACUUUUACCGGCUGGCUACCGCAAUUAUGUUUGUUUAAAAAUUCUUUAUUGAGAUAAACUAAAUUAAAACAGACUAUCUCAAUUAUACUGAGGAAGACUUUUAUUAACCCCAUUUGUGUAAAGGAAGGCUUUACUGAAUUGUUUUGUCUUUUUUCAUUACUUAAUUUCCUAUUUAAAUUUCGAAGAUAUAUUUGUACAGGGGUAUGAGAUGUAAUAAAACUCUUAUAUGCACUCAAUUAUAUAAACCUGCCUAUCAAAAAACCCUACCAAUAUAAAGUAAAUUGCCCUCAUAGUAAUGGGAAAAAAAUAUAGAAAAUGCUUUAAAAAGAUUAUUUCCAUGCAGAUCUUAUUCAUUUAUUAUCUUCUUUAUACGGAAAAUAAAUGUGGCUAGAAAUGAUAAAAACUAUUUUUUCUUCGUGCUGACAGUAAACAGAAUAUGUUUCCUGAAUGAUUCAUAUUAUUAAUAAACUAUUCAUGCAGUGUGUGUUAAAUGCUUCCUGACAGAAAGAAAUAUUAUUAAACACAAUAUCAUUUUAUGUGAUAGUAACAAUUUAUGUUCGGACACUAGCAGCAAAUAAUGUGUGUCAUAGAUAUAAUGAUGUUUUAACACGAAAAUAAUUUCAUACAAAGAAAUUUAAUGUUUGUAGUUUAUGUGCUUAUAAGAUUCCAAGAGUAGUUAAUGAGUAGUUGAUAGCGUAUGUGAUAUAAUUUUUUGAAGCAAACAAGAGUGACAGAUAGUUAAUACUCUUUAUAUUAGCUAGAAGUUGGGAGUUUAUUUCUUGCAGUAUACAUGUAAUCAGACUUUGUCAUAAAAUUGUUCACAUUUUUCUGCUCUUAGUUGAGAAACCUUGUUCAUGCAGUAUGGGGGAAAAAAGCUUCCCUCAGAAAAGUAAACUUAUUGAACAUAGUGUUAUUCAUCCUGUAAGAAAAUCUUAUUCUUGUAGUAUAUGUAAUAUGAGUUUUUCAGAAAGAGGAACACUUACUAAACACAGCCGUGUUCAUACUGGUGAGAAACCAUUUUUUUGUAGUGUAUGUAAUAAGAGAUUCUCACAAAGAAGUAAACUUACUGAACACAGUCGUGUUCAUACUGGUGAGAAACCUUUUUCUUGUAGUAUAUGUAGUAUCAGUUUUUCACAAAAAGGCAAUCUGAUAAGUCAUCGCCGUGUUCAUACUGGAGAAAAACCUUAUUCUUGUAGCAUAUGUAAUAAAAGUUUUUCAGAAAGAAGUUCACUGACUAAACACAGUCUUCUUCAUACUGGGGAGAAACCUUAUUCUUGUAGUAUAUGUAAUAAAAGUUUCCCACGAAAAGAUAGACUAACUGAACACAGUCGAGUUCAUACUAGGGAGAAACUUUUUUCUUGUUGUAUAUGUAACAAGAAUUUUAGAGUAAGAGCUGAGCUGACUAAACACAGUCUUGUUCAUACCGAUGAGAAACAUUAUUCUUGUAGUGUAUGUAAUAAAAGUUUUUCUCGAAAAUACCAUCUGAUAAGUCACUGCCGUGUUCAUACUGGUGAAAAACCUUAUUCUUGUAGUGUAUGUAAUAAGAGUUUUUCUGAAAGAGGUAAACUGGCUAAACACAGUCUUCUUCAUACUGGAGAAAAACCGUAUUCUUGUAGUAUAUGUAAUAAGAGUUUUUCAGUAAAAAGUACACUGACUAAACACAGUCGUGUUCAUACUGGUGAGAAACUUUUUUCUUGUAGUAUAUGUAAUAACAGAUUUUCACAAAAAUCUCAUCUGAUAAGACACCGCCGUAUUCAUACUGGUGAAAAACCUUAUUCUUGUAGUAUAUGUAAUAAGAGUUUUUCAGUAAGAAGUACACUGACUAAACACAGCCGUGUUCAUACUGGUGAGAAACCUUAUUCUUGUAGUAUAUGUAAUAAGAGUUUUUCAGUAAGAAGUACACUGACUAAACACAGUCGUGUUCAUACUGGUGAGAAACCUUAUUCUUGUGUUAUGUAAUAAGAGUUUUUCAGACGGAGAUAAUGUAUCGAAGCACAUUCGUGUUCAUACUGACGAGAAAUAUUAUAUUUGUGGUAUAUGUAAUAAGAGUUUUUCACAAAAAAAAUCAUCUGACUAAAGACAUUUUUUCUCACACUCUGUUUAGAAGCUAUAUUCUUGUAUUUGUAAAAAAUUUUUUUUACUUAAAGACUAUCCAGGUAAUCACAGUUGUAUUCAUAUCCUAUGAAAAACUUCUCAAAAAGCUGACCUUGCUCUUUCUGUUUGUAUUCACUUUGGUGAGGAAACCUUUUUGUUGUAGCAUAGGAGUUUAUCUCAAAAAUGUCCUCUUACUAAACACAAUCUUUUUCAGAAAAGUGAUACACCAUAUUUAAAUGAAUUUCAAAUACUGUGGAUUACCCUAUUUGCAUUAAAGAUAAAGGUUUUUCAUUGAAGUGUCAUCUGACUAAACACUGCCUACUGGAAUAAAGGAUUUUAUUUUCAAA